AUGAUUUUGAAGAUUUUAUUCGUGUUUCUCAUAAUUUUCCCGAAUACUGUCUCAAGUAUUUGUGGUGAAAACUAUGUGGUAAAACCAGGAGAUUCUUGUUGGCUCAUCUCAAAAGAUAAUCAAAAAUCGAUUGAGGAACUGAAAAAAUUGAACCCGGAAUUGAAUUGUGAAUCACUUUGGGUUGGAAAAAAGUGAGUUUUUUUUAAAGAAAAAAUCAAAUUCUCAAAAACAAUCAAUAGAAGUUUUUUUAAAGAAUUUGUUUACAACCGACAUGCAAAAAGAUGUAUAGCACAAAAGAAGGCGAUUUCUGCUGGAAAAUUUACACGGAAAAUGGUUUAUCUGAAACUGAAUUUUUCCUUGUCAACCCUGGCUUGAAAUGCGAAACUUUACAGGUUUUUGUUAAAUUUUUCAAUCAUUUUCUAAAUAUCAAGUUUUUGUUGCAGAUUGGUCAGCGACUUUGUGUUGGACUUUAA